AUGAGCGAUCCUGUCGACACAAUGGCAGCCGAUGAGCAACAGCCCAAAGUCAAACUCUACUGGCUGGAGCAGUCGAGAGCCCAGAAUAUCCUCUGGCUCCUCGAAGAACUUAAUAUCAAGUAUGAAGUCGAGGUCUUUCACCGAAACAAACAGACCAUGCUGGCGCCUCCUGAGCUGGCAAAGGUCCACCCCCUCGGCAAGUCACCCGUCAUUGAAAUCUUUCCAACAGGCUCUGGAGAAUCUAUCAAGCUGGCCGAGAGCGGCUACAUGACGCAGUACUUGUGUGACCACUUUGGCAAGGAUACCAAUCUCAUCCCCAAGAAAUGGAAGGACGGCCAGGAGGGCAAAAUCGGAGGCGAGACCGAGGAAUGGACAAGAUGCCAGUACCUCCUGCACUACGUGGAAGGAAGUCUGCUGCCUGUCCUUACCAUGUCUCUUGUCAUUGGAGCACUGAAGUCAAACAAUGUGCCUUUCAUCGUCCGUCCCAUCACCUCAGCGGUCGCGAACAAGAUUUUCGGCAUGGUGGUCUUCCCCAACGCUAAGAAGCACCUUGCCAUGAUCGAACAGAUGCUCGAGACUGCCCCAGGAGGCGGAAACAAGUACAUCUGCGGCGCUAACCUCUCGGCUGCCGACAUCCUUCUCAGCUUUGCACUCAUCGCAGCCGAGGACGGGUUCGACUCUCUUGGAAGCUGGCCCGGUGGUUCGGCCAAGAAGGCCCAUCCAAAGGUCUUUGAGUACAUUGAUCGACUCAAGAAGGAGCCCGGAUAUGAGCGAUCUACGCAAAAGAUUCGCGAAAUUGACGGCAAGUUUGAAGCGACAAUGUCUAAGAUCUUCUCAGCGCAAACCUCAGAACCGCCCAAUUUCGUCCGCUCGCCAGACGCCAUGUUGGCCUCAAGGACGGUAUGCGCCCAAUGCCGUUCCAGGCUUCUGGCCAGCGCAGCCACUAUCGGUACCGUCCGGCCGAACUCGACAGCAAGUUUCCCUUCCGUUGCCGCCGAAAACGCCCCCAAAGCGACACGACCGCCACAACGGGCUGAAUCUUUGAGCGGUCCCUCAAGAAUACCAGCGCACAAGCCGAGGACCAACGGUAACCAGAGUGCAAGAAAACGAGCACUGGAUCUGUUUGAGAGUACCAUCAACAACUCGGAGACCCAACCUGUGCUGGAGACGACUCAGGAUGUCAAUCAACUAUAUCGGCUUGUCGACCAGCUCGAUAAGAUCAUGCAGAAUAAGGAGAACCUAUCGGAGGUGGACGUUGCAGCGAAAAGCUAUGCGCUCAUUGCCACCAAGCUUAUACCAGCUUCGCGAAAGAUGGGUGGCCGGUUGCCCCAUGUCCUCCAAACGAAAGCCUCGCAAGCGCUACGAAAGAUUGCCGACACGAAACUCGCCACAGUCGAUGCGACGGCGCUUCCGAGUAUAUCAGACAUUUGCAAGCUGCAUGCCGACCUGGGCCAGUUGAAAGCCUUGAGGCGCCUGCAGCUCGUCAACGGCCUGCUCAAUGCUAUCGUGUCCUCCCGACCGGACGAAUCGAACUGCUCCGAGCUAGAGAGCAAACUUGUUGAUGAGAUGUUGUUGGGUGAUCUUGUCGAGUUCUGGAAACACUUCUCCGGCUUGAAGCGCGCUGACAGUGGGCUGGAAUCUAAAACAAAAUUCUGGCUCACUACCAGACUAGACAUGAGGGGGAUUGAGGAGCCUGCUAAACUCUUCAGAGCGCUCUUCCCGCUCAUCGCAAUCAAUGAAAUGCGUGGUCUGGCCCCUGCCCUAGUAGCUACCUAUGUGCUGCUGUCCGAAUCUUCUUACGAACACACAGAGGCAAGGAAAGAGGCAGAGCCUCUACUGGAGGCUUUGGAAACCAUCGUUAAGCGAUUUGACCGUCAGAGGCUUCAGCAACUUUUUGAAGGGUACCCUGAGUUGUGGGAAUAUGUCGAACCAAGGGCAGAUUGGCGAGUCAUUCAGAUGGCCCCUGAAGCGUGGAAAGAGUCAUCCAUCCCUCAGGCCGACAGCUCAAGCCCAAGUCAGGCAGCGGGGCGGUUCUCCUACGCACUUUGGCACAAGAGGUUCAGCAUCGCAUACCGUGGGAACGACCACGCAGCCGUUCAACAGGCUUGGAGGGACCUCGUUGACCCAGCCAAUGACAAGGACCGCGCUGACAGACUCCGCGGUUGUCCCGAGCUGUUCGACUACAUUUUGCACAUCUCGUGCCACAAAUCUCGUUACGAUAGGGCUCUAUAUACGAAGAUGACUUCAGAGGUCCUGGAAUACAUGAAGAGUCUUGGACUGGAGCCCACUGUUAGAACGUACACUUCCAUGAUGGAAGGUUGGAAGCUUGCCAAACGGCUUGAGCCGAUUGAGCACCUUUGGAAGUCCCUUACAGAAGCCGGCGUGAUAUUGGACAGGCAGAUAUGGUCGAGCAGGAUAUCUGCACUCGGCAGUCUAGGUAGCCCCUGGGAUGGCAUCAAGGCUCUCACUCACAUGGACAGGGUCUGGAACCAGGCAGUGGAGGAAGGCAAUCAACAAACGGCCGUUCAACCUGGAAUUGCGAACGUAAAUGCAGCGAUUUCAGGACUGUUGAGACGCGAUCGCAUGGAUGGUGUCCGGAAGGUGCUGGUCUGGGCAAACGAGAAGGGCCUAGAGCCCGAUAUUUAUACAUACAACAUGCUUCUCUCGCGGAUGCUGAAGCAAGGUUCAUCUGAAGAGGCAGACAAGAUUCUGAACAGCAUGAAGGUGGCAGGAGUAACGCCAGACGGCGCGACCUUCACCAUCAUUCUCGAGGCCGCGUUUGACGACUUGGCUGGAGGAACCCCUCAGGAGCAGAGAGCCGCCAUCGACAAUGUUUUUAAAGAGAUGGCAGCUUGCGGCAUUGAACCAAACCAGGAGACGUAUGGCAAGAUGCUUCACACCCUCAUCCGCGCGGGUGACGUUGCCCAAGCUUCCGUGGCCGCCGUGCUCGCCCACCUGCGCGGAAGCGGCCUGCAACUGUCGACAGAAAUCUGUACCAUCCUCGUCGAAUACUACGUCAACCGUACCCAACCCGACCUUGAUUCCAUCCGCGCCCUCGUCGCCGACCGUCGCUCCCGAACACGCGCGCUGACCGACCGCGUAUUCUGGGAAACCGUUAUUAAGCACUACCACCGCGCAGGCGACCUCGACGGUGCCCUCGAGAUCUUUUAUGACCUCGAUGAUUGGGGUAUCUGGCCUGGUCUGCCACUCUUAGAACCCCUUCUCCGGUCUCUAGUUCACAGACGGGACUGGGAUGGUGCCAAGAAGCUCGUCACUACCGUCCGGAGGCAGGCUCGUCCACAGGCGGCGGAUCGCGAUAGUCGGUACUGGAAACAUGCUUUCUGGGCUGCCGCCAGGGACUAUGACUUGUUGGAGGCGAUUUAA